UAAAGUAGAGAAAUACAACCCUGUUGUUUAGUAAUUUUUAUUAUGGUAAAAAUGGACGCGUGAAGUGGAAUUUGCAAAAAUACUAAAAAAAAAUAAUUAAUUGCAAAUAAAACAAAGUCAUAUUAUGCUAAAGUAAAAAGUGAAAACAGAAAAUUACAUUGUUAUAUACGUAAAAAGUGUAGAUUAUUGCGAAAGAAAAUAAAAAAAUCAAUUUUUUCCGUGACGCAGAAGAAAAGAAUGUAUUGCAUGCGUUGCACAAAGAAAAUGGGAAAAUUUUUCUUAGAAUAAAUCUAUAUUGAGGAAAAGUUAAGCUAAAUGUAUUGAAUAGAAAAUAAAAGCAAACGUAAAUAAUAAAUUUAUUGUAAAUUGCGCGCUUAGUGAGUGUUUUUUUAUAUUGUUAACGAGGCGGCCAAAUAAAAUCGAUUUUUGUAUGAACUUCGGCAAAAUUGUCUUGUAGUGGGAAAAAAAUUUAUUUGUACGUCCUGAUAUCGACGUAGGGAAGUGGCGCGCAAUGUCGAAUAUUGUGGAAACAACUCAUGUGACGUCCUCAAAGUCGCAACAAGAGCAACAACAACAACAGCAGCAAAAAUUACAAUUACAUGUAACAACAACAACAAUGAAUACAAAAAUAAAUAAUGAACAUUUAGCCGGUGGUAAUAUUGUUACCGCUGAUGAAAAUAAUAAAGUGAAAGAGCCACCACCUAUAGUGGGGAAAACAGUUGAAGGAAUAGAGGAGAAGUUAGAAAAUCCUAUUAAUAAAACCGAACAAAAGGUAAUAGAAAAACAAUUGCAGCCAGUUAAGGACACAAAAACAACAAUAAUAGUUAAUACGGUAACAUUAACUAAUGUGGAACAACAACGUAAUGCUAUUAAAACAACCUCAACUUCAUCUAACACUACUCCUUUAAAGGAACGCAGUAGUGGUGACAAAGAGAAAUCACACAAAAAGAAGAAAAAAGAAAAAGAUCGUGAUAAUGAUCGGGAACGUGACAAAGAUCGUGCUGAUCAGACGAAAAAAUCCAAAGAAAAAGACAAAAUAUCUUCUUCAUCUGAUAAAAGUGCUCAUCAUAAAAAAGAUAAAGAUAAACACAAAUCGCACUCUUCUUCAUCUUCGUCUAAGAGCAGCACAGAUCGUUCUAGCUCUAAAUCAAGUUCUAAAGAGAGUCAUGUUUCUAGUAGUAGUAAAACGGCAGGAAAUGGUUCUAGUUCUAGCUCUACACCCAAAGUGAAAUCUAACAGUAGCAGCAAUACAAACACCAGUAGUAGUGCCUUUACACCAAAGUUGUCAACAAGCGCCGCAAAUGAGGACAGAGAGAAGAUAUCAUUGUCCCAAACAUCAGUGGAUUCCAGCAAGGAAUCCGGCCACCGUAGACGAAGUUCCGAAAGUAGUAAGACCAGUCAAAACAGUACUAUAAAGAUAACAUCAUCUGAAAAUGUUAUACCCGACAAAGUCAAAGAUGCAGAGAAAACAAAUGCAUUAGUUACAACAGUGACCAAUAUUCCAACAAUUGCUAAACAAAAUGACAUAUCAUUAAAGGAGAAAAAUGAGACAGCAGCAACAGCAAUAGAAAGAAAACUUGUUGUGGAAAAUCAAAAACCCGAAAUAAAGAAAAUCGUCUUAGAAGACAAGAAAGAUGAAAUAAGUAAUAAAACCAUAAUAAAUAGCUUAACACACGAUAAACAAUCCCUUAAAACUGACAAAUCUUUAAGUGAUAUAGCGGCGGUAGAAUCUUCACCCCUUAAAUUGAAACUAAAAGAUGAAAAUAUUAUCGAAAUCAAAAAGGAAAAUAAUGAACAAGUUUUUAAAAGUCUCGUUACGAAAAAACCAAAUGAAGUUGCAAGACAAUUAAAUUUUAACAGUGAAAAUAAAAUUGACAAUGUUAAUACUACUCCCUUAACAAGAGUUGAACCUUUAAAACCAGUUGAAUUAAUAAAAACAGAAAUAAAAUGUGAAAAUAUAGAAAAAGAAGAAGUAAAAAUCAAACCCCAACAAACAAUAAAUAAUGAAACAAAAAUAAAAAUUGAAACAAUAAUAAUGCCUUCACCAUCUCAAAAGACUUUUGUCACACCCAUUUCCUUAAGUCAAGGCUCGGUGGCAACAUCACAUAACGUAAAUAGCAAUCAUCAGUCAUUGGGCCAUAAUGUAGCUUCUCCUGUAGUGACAAGUAGUUCUAUGACCGUUUUAUCUACUUCUACAACUUCUUCCUCUACUUCCACUUCUACUUUAACCUCUUCAUCGUCUUCAUCAUCGCAUUCGGCCACUUCAUCAAGACGUUCUUCUUCCGGCAGUAGUAGUCAUAAUCACCAUCAUCAUCGCUCUUCAAUGUCAUCUUCUUCUUCGUCCAAUAAACACAGUAGCAGUUUGAAUUCUUCCUCCUCUUCGUCCUCACGUAGUCGGGAAUGUUCUCGUUGUUAUAAAAGAUCAAAAAUACGUCGUGUCAGUGUGGGCACACAAAGUGCAAAACAUGCACCAGCACCAAAUAUCACACGUACCAGUCGCAACAAUAAUCAUAUACCCGUGGGACUGGAGCAUCUUAAAUAUGGUCAGUACUUUGAGGUGGAAGUAUAUCCCAAUGGUGGUGCUUCAGUGGUACAUUUAUAUCAAGAUGAAAUACAAAAUCUUUCACCCGAUGAAAUGGACGAAUUGGUUAAUGAAUUUUUUGAAAUUUGUUUUGCUGAAGAUGAAGAAGGUUAUGCUCAUCAUGUUAUGGGCAUUGUACAUGAUGCAGCUAAAUAUUUGCCCGAUUUACUAGAACAUAUGGCGGAAAAUUAUUCAACCUUAACGGUUAAGGCUGGAGUUUUGGGUAGAAACUCUGAUAUAGAAACCUGUACCAUGGCACAAUAUUAUGAACAGGUGGUGCGUAAUUAUUCCCAGGGUACUUUUCGUUAUGGUCCUCUUCAUCAAAUCAGUUUAGUGGGCAAAGUGCAUGAAGAAGUUGGAGGCUAUUUUCCUGAUUUAUUAGGACGUAUAGAAGAAAAUCCGUUUUUAAAAAAGACAAUGCCUUGGGGUCCUUGUUCAAUAUUACAAACUGAUCCCCGACUUUCCAAUGAUGGUCCCAUUUUAUGGAUACGCUCUGGUGAACAGUUAGUACCAACAGCUGAGUUAAACAGUAAAACUCCCAUGAAAAGACAAAGGACACGUAUCAAUGAAUUGCGUAAUUUGCAAUAUUUACCACGACUUUCGGAGGCUCGUGAAACAAUGAUUGAGGAUCGCACUAAAGCCCAUGCUGAUCAUGUGGGUCAUGGUCAUGAACGUAUAACAACAGCUGCUGUUGGCAUUCUAAAAGCAGUUCAUUGUGGUCAAACUUACGAACAGAAUCGUAUUACCAAAGAUGUAGUAGCUUUUGCAGCACAAGAUUUCAAUCAAUUAGUUGAAACUUUACAACUCGAUUUACACGAACCGCCCAUUUCACAAUGUGUCCAAUGGAUUGAGGAUGCUAAACUAAAUCAAUUGAGGCGGGAUGGCAUACGUUAUGCUCGCAUUAAAUUAUGUGAUAAUGAUAUAUACUUUUUGCCGCGUAAUAUUAUACAUCAAUUUCGUACCGUAACAGCAGUAACCAGUGUUGCUUGGCAUUUGCGUUUACGUCAGUAUUAUCCAGGCCAAGAAGUUAUAAAUGAAAAAAAUAAUCCAGUUUUGGCAGAGCCGCCACAAUAUAAGGAGAAACAAACCAUAUUACCACAUCCCAUAUCACAUGAUGAGGCCAAGAAAACCUACUGCAAACGUACAGCAGAGGGUAAAGCUAAGAAAAAACUUAAUGAUGUAGACGGUUUGAGUAGACGUUCCAGUGAAAGUGGCACCGAUGAUUCAACCAAUACCCUUAAAGAUGAAGCUAAAUUGGAUGUAUCACCGGCCAAAAAGAAACUAACUAAAGAGGAGCCCAAAAUAGAUAUGAGAAAAAUGGUUAUUGAACAUAAUUUAAUCAAUAAAGUGGUGGCUAAAAUUGUAUCUUUGCCACCAAACGAGAAUCCCAAAGGUGUAACCAAUAGUGUUAAUCAGCCGAACAGUGGACGUAAAGAGAAAAAGGAAAAACGCAAACAUAAGGAAGAAGGCGAUAAAAGUGACAAAAAGUGUAAGAAUACAGAGACAACUAAGAGACCCAAAAUGUCUUCAAUACAUGAAUUAACUACAAACUCCACAGCAGCAAUACCUCCCAUACAAAAUGUUUUGGUGACAAAUGCAACAACA